AUAGACGGCGACACGUGUACACUUGAAAUUGGGUUAGGUCGGUUUGGAUUAAUCCUUCAAUAAUAACCACACUUUUUGCCGUUCAACUUUACGUUGAUUUUUUUAUAGUGUCGACAAGUUUCAGCCGGUGAUAACUGAAAACUGCAAUAAUUUAACGUACACAGCGAUAGCGGAAAGAUGUUGAUAAAAGUGAAGACUCUCACUGGAAAAGAGAUUGAAAUAGAUAUAGAACCUACUGACAAGGUAGAAAGAAUUAAAGAAAGAGUAGAAGAGAAGGAAGGAAUACCACCACAGCAACAGCGAUUAAUAUUCUCUGGUAAACAAAUGAACGAUGAAAAGACGGCACAAGAUUAUAAAGUCCAGGGCGGUUCAGUGCUACAUUUGGUACUUGCAUUGAGAGGAGGCUGCAAUUACAUUCCUCGUUUAUAAAUGAACAGGAGACGAUAUUAAAUAAAUGUAAGAUCAAUAGGCAAAAAAAAACUGGAAAAACAGCAUGUUCAUCGCUGAUGUAUGUGCAUCUGCGCUCAAAGAAAAUCUAUGUUAUUCUAUGUAAUGGAAUAACGUAGAACAUACGUGAUCUUUAUAAUCUAAAUAAAUAUUUAAUAAAAUAUAAUUUAAUCGUAAAAAGA